GUAGAUUGGAGAGGCAGCGUGACAGUAUGAGUGAGUAUAAUGUAGGGUGCGACCGGUGGAGGGUAGGCGACCACCACCGCGACGACACCCCCCUUGGGCCGCCCUCAGUAACGCGCCUUUUGCAGCUUGCAGAAGCAAGUGUCGAUCAUGAGCCUGAACCUGAACGCCAAGAUCGAUGAGAUCCAGUGUCACCAGCACGCCGACACCAGCGCCGCCCUCCUCGCCAUCAGGUCGCAGCUGCAGGACCUGACGAAGAGCGUGGAGAGCUGCCAGAGCGAGGUGGUCGAGGUGAAGCGGGACAUGGUGGCCAUCAAGCACGAGAUCGACACCCUCCAAGCCGCCAAGGAGGAGAUCGAGGAGCUGCGAGACGCCGUCGACCGCCUCGAGGAACAGACCCGACGCAGGAAGAUACGCCUCCUGGAGCAGGUACCAGUCAGACCCCGUCUCCCCGUGCACCCCCACCCACCCUUUCCGUUCGAGUGCAUCAGGCCCGCAGAGCCACGCACGCGUCCCCAGCACAGGACGUGAGGGCGCCCUUAGGUCUCGCUGGACUGGCGAUCCGCCUCUCCCGGGCUGGCGGGGGCGAGGGAAAGAUCGGCUCCUCCGGCCGCUUG